AUGUUGCAAACACAACUACCAGCGGCCCCGAUACGCGCUGGACCCCCAUCGCAGACUGUCGAAACGGAUCUGCCACCAGCCAGACCAACAGCGCCGGAUCCAUCACAUCGAUUUUACAGAUCGAUGGACAGCGUCAGCCGAGCCGACUCACCAAACCCCACAGAACCAGUAUCGACAAACGAAGACGAAUCCCAGGCCUCCAUCGAAGACACCAGAAGAGGAGCCCUACACACCCUAUCACUCUGCCAAAGUGUCAUCACGACGCUUGAACUCACCCGCCUCCGCAAGUCCCGAACAGGCGUCUUCUACUGGCUCGCCUUUUGGGAGCGACUCUAUCCACGGGCCUUCGCACGCUCCCUUGGCUCACGAGUCAAUGCCGCCCUCACCAAAGUCGACAUCCUAUUCCGCACCGUAGCAAACGAACUCCACCAGCUCACCCUGCGAAUGGAGUACGCCAUCGCACGAAGUCGGCGUGCGACGCAGACGCAGACGCAAGAAGGCGCAAGCAUCUUGAACAAAAUGCGCGUGCAUAUCGAGGGCAUCCCGGUCAAGGUGAGCGAUGAGCUCUUCGAUGACAUGAAGCGGGGUGUGUUUGCUUUAGACGUCUUCUGCGACUAUCAUCCUGGAGAUCCGGUGGCGGAGGAGCACGAGACCAUGUGGCCUGAGUAUUUUGUUCAGCAGUCGGGUAUGGGCAUGGUUGCUGUCUCGCCUUAUCUUUAUCGCCAGUGGCAGCAAGAGGCGGCAUCGGCAGCGUCGGGGUCCUAUAUGCCUUUGUCGAGCUAUACAGGGAAUAAUGCUGAGGUUGAGUACCUAGAGGAAGAGUAUCAUGGGGCUGACAAUUGGAGGCCUGAUGGUAGUCGGUCGGCGAGGCGUUGGUGA